AAGUGUCAAAGGUGUCAACUUGUCAAGUACAUGUUAUGUGUUUUCACCGUCGGAAUUAUAAGUUUAACGGCUUAACUUUAAAAAAAAAUUAGUGUUAAUAAUAUGUCUCCUGAAGAAACUAUAGAAAAAUUCAAACUCUUAGGUUUAAGUGAACAAAAGGCUAAAGAAACUUUAAAAAAUGCCAACGUAACAAAGUUUCUACUGGCCGCAUUGAAUGAGAUAGACUUACAGAAAAUACCCAAUGGAGCAGGAUUACUGAUUUACCACCUAGCAACUAAGAUCAAGCCCCAAAUCGGCGAUAAACUUUCAUUUGUUUGUAAGUACAUUAUCGACGGAAAAUUAGAUUCGACGUUGAGAAUCGAUGCUGCAUUAGAAUAUUUAUUAAGUCAUGUCAAUGAAUCUAAAGUAGACAUAAAUGAAUUUGAAAAUGCUUGUGGAGUUGGAGUGGUUGUUUCACCUGAACAGGUUGAACAAGCCGUAGAAAAGCAUAUGGCAAAGUUUAAACAAGAACUUAUUGAAAAGAGGUAUCGGUUUAAUUCAGGAAUCAUAAUGCAGGCAGUAAGAGCUGACUUAAAAUGGGCUGAUGGAAAAGCUAUUAAAAAUGAGGUUGAUAUACAGAUCUUGGACUUGCUAGGGCCAAAAACAGAAGCUGACUUAGCUCCAGUUCCUAAGGCCGAAAAGAAAACAAAAGGUGAUGUCAAUAAAAAGGUGAAAAAGGAAGAACCACAAGCAAAUGAAACCUCAGACGUCACAGAAUCAAGUGGAGACAUUGGUGGAGCAGUGAGUAUACCAGAAUUAAUGAAAAAGUUACAAUUUCAUGCUCCUGGAGAAAAUUAUAAGAGUGAUGGCUAUGUCGUCACACCCAACACUAAAAAGCUUUUAGAAGAACAUCUCAAAAUUACAUCUGGCAAAGUAAGAACAAGAUUUCCUCCAGAACCUAAUGGAAUCCUCCACAUAGGACAUGCUAAAGCCAUUAAUAUUAACUUUGGCUAUGCUGCGGCACAUGAUGGUGUUUGUUUCUUGAGAUAUGAUGAUACAAACCCUGAAAAAGAAGAAGAGAAAUUCUUUGUUGCUAUCAAAGAUAUGGUAGAAUGGUUAGGUUACAAGCCUUACAAGGUAACACAUUCCUCUGAUUAUUUUGAUCAGUUGUAUGAAUGGGCUGUAAAAUUAAUCAAGAAAGAUCUUGCUUAUAUUUGUCAUCAAAAAUCAGAAGAGAUAAAAGGUUUCAAUCCACCUCCUUCUCCUUGGAGGAAUAGACCGAUUGAAGAGAGUUUACAAUUGUUUGAGGAUAUGAAAAAUGGCAAAAUUGAUGAAGGCGAGGCCACUCUAAGAAUGAAAAUAACUCUCGAAGAGGGUAAGCAAGACCCUGUAGCAUAUAGGAUCAAGUUCAAACCACAUCACCGAACAGGCAACAAGUGGUGUAUAUAUCCUACUUAUGACUACACUCACUGUCUCUGUGAUAGUAUUGAGCAUAUCACCCACUCUUUGUGCACUAAAGAGUUUCAAUCAAGGAGGUCUUCAUACUACUGGCUCUGCAAUGUUCUUGACAUAUACUGCCCGGUGCAGUGGGAAUAUGGAAGGUUAAAUGUCAACUACACAGUUGUUUCUAAAAGGAAAAUUGGAAAACUUAUUGAACAUGGAAUAGUUAAUGACUGGGACGACCCGCGGCUGCUCACGCUGCCGGCGCUGCGGCGGCGCGGCGUGCCCGCGGCGGCCGUCAACGCGUUCUGCGCGCGCCUGGGCGUCACGGGCGCGCUGGGCGCCGUCGACCCCUGCGCGCUGGACGCGGCCGCGCGGGACGCUCUCAACCUCACCGCGCCUAGAGUUAUGGUUGUUCUUGAGCCGUUAAAAAUUACGAUCACCAAUUUUGAAAGUGGAAAACCGAUUAUUGUCCAAGUACCAGACUUUCCGAAUGAACCAGAAAAAGGCUCUCACAACGUAGUUUUAGAUAAAGUUCUGUUUAUUGAAGCGGCCGAUUUUAAGGAGCAACCAGAAAAGGGCUAUCGACGUCUUACACCAACUCAAACUGUGGGCUUACGUCAUGCUGGAUAUGUAUUAAAGGUAUCAAAAGUAAUCAAAAACAGUGCAGGCCAAGUUAGUGAGUUAGAAUGCACUGCGGAAUCGACCGAAUCAGCAGUUAAGCCAAAAGCGUUCGUACAUUGGGUGUCACAGCCUGUGUCUGUGGAAAUUCGUCUAUACGAGCCAUUAUUCAAACAUAAGAAUCCUGAAGACCCGAGUGAGGUUCCAGGCGGUUUUAUAACCGAUUGUCGUGAGGACACGUUGAAGGUCGUAUACGCGUACGCAGAUCGUUCCAUCAAAGGUGCCAAAGUGUAUGAAAAGUUUCAAUUCGAGCGCAUCGGCUUUUUCUCAGUCGAUCCAGAUACCUCGUCUACAAACAUCGUCUUUAAUAGAACAGUUUCUCUUAAAGAAGACGCCGGAAAAUAAUCUUUUCAAUCUCAUUUUAAAUGUUUUUUACAAAAAAAAUCAGAAAUUAUAACAUAUUAUAUUUAUUUAUACAAUAAAUAAUUUAU